CCUUGGAAAUAAAAUGAAUUUUCCCUCUCUGCAAGUCGGCAAUUUUUAACUUUUCUAGCAUGUUGUCUGUGCUACUUUUGCUCAUCUGCACCUGCGCCUAUGUGCGUUCGAUGGUGCCGCAGCUACUCGAUAAUCAUCGCACAGGAUGGCAGGGAGUCUUCUAUAAGAUGGCCAGGAUUGGCGAGCGUCUCAGUCCCUUUGUGGCAGGGGCAUGUCUGCUGCAGGCCUUUGUCGUGCUCAUUGGCAUCUGAGUGGCAGGACGAGGCAGCAGAAGCAGCAGCCGCAGCAGCAGGACCUGUACUGACCAACGAUUGGCUUUUUGCAGCUGUAAUCAAUAUGCAAACAAACCAUUUGCCACAAUAAUUACAAAGUAAUGCUGCGCUCGGCGCGCGAAAUGUAAAAAUAAACGCCAGCUGCCCCGCAAUUCGCUUGAUGACUUG